AUGGGACGCUCCCAGCGGGGAGGGCCCUCUUUGAGGCAGAAGCUUUCGGACUUCCCUGUGAAGGAGAAAGAAAAGCUGGCUGAAGCCGAGAUCAGGAGACUGCAGAAACAGUUUCGGAUAGCAGUGGAGAAGAGGAAAUCUUAUGGUGCCAACGUGAGGCAGCAAAUGCAGGCUCAGGAAAAAGAAAUAGAGUCGCUGACUCAAGAACACAAAGAGGUGUCAUUAACGCUGAGCCAGAUCACGUCCCUGAGAAACGCGAUGCUGGAUGACAGAAAUUGUAUGGAGCUCCAAUGCCUUCUGCAGACCAAAUAUCAGUAUGAUUCUCUGAUUAGAGACAGAAAAGCCCUGUUAGCUGACCUGGACAACCAGAUACUAGAGCUGGAAAAAAAGAUCGUGAAGCAAAACCAGAUAGCAGUGAAGGUGAAGCAAGCGAACAGUAGCAAACGGAUGCAAAAGCAGAUUGAGACACUGGAGAUGCGUCUAAACAACGUCACUGUCCAUUUUGAUACCAUCCUGACCAGAAAUAACAAGCUCCGAGAAGAGAUUGAAAACCUGCGAAUCCAGAAAGCCAUUUUGGACAACUUCUACUUGAAGCUCCAUAAGAAGCUGGAUCAGCAGAGGAGAAGGAUGAACACUGCCAUUGAGCAAUCCGCACAAGCCUACGAGCGGCGGACAGAGGCUCUGGCAAGGAUUUCAGCCAUGAAUGAAAGGCACAGCAAAGACACUGUCCAGUACAAUGUCGAGCUGCAGGAGCGGGAGCGCGUCCUUGACCAGGAGACCAAACUGAAAACCUUCAUGCUCGCCAAAUUUACAGAUCGCUCUGAACUGGAGGAACAGGCCAAAAAGAAAAAAGCCUUGAAGGCAGCCCAGCGGGCCAAGCGGAGCCAAGGGGAGAGCUUCGAGAGCCGGGAGGUGGCUUACAAGCGCCUGCUGGAGCUGGCGGAGGACGGGGACAUCGACCGGCUGGUGAAUGGCUUCAUUGAAAAGGAGGAGAAGAACUUCGCCUGCUUCAGCUACGCCACUGAGCUGAACAACGAGAUGGAGAAGAUGCAGUGGAGGAUCAAGGGCCUCCAGAACGAAAUUACGGCCCUCAUGACGGACCAGGAGUACACGGAGAGCAGCAGCCUUCAUGUCCUGAAGGAGCUGGAGGAAAAACUAAUGGAAACCACAGAGGAAGCCAGCCAGUACGAAGACAGAUGCAAAGAGAGCAGCAAAGUCCUGGGCCAGCUCAAAUCUGGCAUGGAAGCCCUGUUCAAAGAAAUCAACUGCGACGCUACGGAGAUAAUGAAGCAGCUCGGAGAAAGCGGGCAGAUCACGGACCUGAACCUGAUGCAGUUUUUUGGUCUCGUGGAAAAGAAGACCAACGAGCUCCUGCUGAUGGAGUCCAUCCUGCGCUACACAUCGGCUGACGGCUCGCACCCGGCCCAGCCCUUCGCCAACCCGCUGCUGGGCGGCACCGGGCUGCUCCGGGUGAUGGAUCGGGCCCAGCUCUGCCCGCCGCCCCCCACCCCGGACGGCACCGCCGACGCCAUCGACGCCUUGGAAGUGCCGCUGGACCACGGCCAGCUGCGCCAGCUGAUUCUCCAGAGCCACGAGAAGGAGCGGGGCAAUGCCGCCGGCACGGGCAAGAAGGGGAAGAACGGCGUUAAGGUGUGA